UAUAUAUAUAUACACAGUGAGUCACGCGUACACAGAUGACCUAACCUCCCUUUCUCUUCUUCACCAUCACACUCUAAUUGAAGGUGUCUCUGAACCAAACUCAUUUUCGAGCUCUCUCUUCGCUGCCUGCGUCUAGGGUUUCUUUCUCUCUCUCUCUUUUUAAAUUAUUUGCUUUAUCGGCACAUGUGAUAUAUGCUGACAUGGCAACCGCACCAAUGAAGUCACACCCGCUGCACAACUUCUCUUUGCCGUUUCUUAAAUGGGGGGCCACCACCAGCGCCACUACUCAGCAACACAACAGAGGGCAAAUGCCACCUCCCGCCGACUCCUCCGAACCCGACAACGACGGCGAUGCCGACCACCACAAUGAUUCCGUACGUCCUCACCGCGUCGGAUCCCGCUCCUCCCGCGUGCAACGAUUGUCCUUCUCCUCGUCGACGAAAGCUCAGAAGGAUGAGAGUGAGAGGUUGCAGAAACAGACGAAGGGCGGGGAGGUUGAGAAGAACGAAACUGAAGAAGAGGACGAAGAACGCGAACACGAACGCGAAGAAGAAGAAGUAGUAGUUGGGAAGCCGUGGAAUUUGAGGCCGAGGAAGGGAGUUCAAGAACCGUUGGUGAUUGCGGGGCUUAUGGAGGGUCAUAAUCACAGCGGGAAUGAUGUAAAUACGAAGCCGAAGUCGAUGAGAUUAAGAGAGAUGGUGGAAUCGAAAGGUGGUCAUGGUGAAAAGAGGGAAAAGAGCAGGUUUUGGCUGACUUUGUCGAGAGAAGAGAUUGAAGAGGAUAUUUUUGUCAUGACGGGUUCAAGACCGGCCCGUCGGCCCAGGAAGCGCCCCAAAAAUAUCCAGAAACAGCUCGAUAAUGUUUUUCCUGGGCUGUGGUUGGUGGGACUUACCGUUGAUGCUUAUCGUGUCACUGACGCUCCAAUGAAGAAAUAAAAUCGCGCAUAGAUACUCGUUCGGGUCUUCUGUACAAAGAGGACGAUGUAGUUACAACUUACAACGAAUUUGGGAAUUUUCAAAGCGUAUAUGGGAGUUUGUGAAGAUUGCAUCUACAAUAUUGAACCUCAAUUUGAGGUAUAAUGAAAAUUUGUAAAAAGGAAGGGAAGUUAUUUUCAGAAGAAAAAGAAAGAUUAAAAGAGAAAAUAGGAAAAAGGGAAAGUCCAUUGCUGUAGGAUGCAGGGGUAGGAUUUAGUUUAUUUACUUGUAGCUUUACGAUGUAAACGGUUGACUUAAAUAUGGAUGAGUAGAGAGAACUUGAGUGUUUUAAUUGUAGGAUAUUGUGAGUGGUAUUGUGUUUUGGGUUAUUUGUUCUAAUUUGUUGAUUACUUACUAUAUUUGACAGGCUUCCCUACAUCGUUGGGGGGCAGAGUAGCAAGCAUGUAUUUAGUUUGCAAACCCUUAUCAGAUGCAGGAUUUAUUAUUGGAGGCACUGCAUGCUUCCCUUGACUGGAAGAGUCAUACUUCAUUGAACUGAGCUUCAUCAAAAGCAAACCUGAUGAGGUCUUAAGUUUAUAUGUGCUAUAUUGACUUCAUUUUUACUCCUUCUUGGUCUUUCCAUUUUGCAUUUUAAUAAUCAUAGUCACUGCACCACCACUACCCAGUUAAUAGUUGUAAAUAAAUGUAAUCUAUGCUAUCUGGAAUGUUUAGAAUGCGGUGGAAAAUAAUCAUGCAUAGUCCUGUAGUUGCUUUUAGAUUUUCUGAUCUCACGGAAGAUUCUGCGUUCUCUGUUACAUUUUGGUGAGGCAUGUGUUGGUGUAUGCAAAUUUUUAAUGUUGGAAUGGCAGCUCUGUUAUCAUUUUCAUAAUACCCUUGUUACUGUUUCGAUUGAUGAUCAAUUGUCGAUCUCAUAUUUGUAGUUACCCUUGUUAGGUGAAGUUGAGUUGGAUUGAUGAUCAAUUAUCGAUCAUCUUCAUAGUGCCCAUAGUACCCUUAGUUAGGUGACGUUAAUUUAGAUUCAUGAUCAAUUGUCAAUUUCAUCUUGUCUUUGUCAGGUGAAGUUGAGAACCUCUGUGGGUAGAACAAUUGCUUUGUUUCUUAAAAAAAUAACAGUGGGCAGCGGGCACCAGUAAAUAUAUUGAAAUGGUAAAAUGAUAUAAGACAGCAGUUGGCAUCUGAAAAAUCUAUGACUUCCAUAUUGAUUGGGCUAGCUGUUAUUUGUCCUGGAUCUUUCGUUCUUUCUUUUAACUUUUCAAAUUCAGAAGUGAGAAUGUUAGGAGGAUCUUCUUAGAAAGAUACCCUUCAAAAACUUUCUUCCCCUUUUCAUAGUUUUCUAGAAUUUAAAGUUCAUCUGAAUUUAGAAGUGGUGAAUCAUAUCAAGCCAUGUACUGCAAGAAGUUUGUAAUGCAGCAUUUAUUAUACAUUUUGUUAUUUAAAUAUUGUAUGGUCAGUUUA